UGGGGCUGGGCUGAUGGGGCUGGGCUGGGCCUUCCCCACCCUGGAAAUCCCCGAGGGGUGGUGCUGGGGGAAGCCCUGGACACAGGCACCCACUGCUCCACGGCCACCCACAGCCCUCUGAGCCCACCUGGGGCUGCCCCUUCCCCGCAGCCCCCCGGGUGGGUGCCCUCCUGCUGGGGCUGGGGGCUGCCGCCGGGGCAGCCGCACGCCCUGGGGCUGCAGCCAGGGGCUCUCUCCCCUCCCCAGAUCCCCUCUUGCAGCGCAGGGGAGGGGUCGUGCGACCCCCCUGAUGAGCACCCCUGUGAUGGCCCCGGGACCUGCUGCCUCCCCGCAGCCAGCUGGAGAGGAGAAGCCAGCGGGGAGCACCCCGGCAAAGGGGACUUAACCCCCGAUCCAUGGCAGGGGACAACCACCUGGGGCUACGGGAGAGCAACCCAGCACCUGCGCCUGUCCCUCGUCCCCCGCUGCCCAGGAGGCCCCCGGAGAGCCUGGGCCAUGUAGUCGCCCACCCGUGCUCACCAUCACCAUGCGGCAGGGCUACGCGGCCGUCCUGUGUGACUUUUUGGCUGCCCAGGUGUGAUGGCCGUGCUGGGGCUGGAGGCUGCGGCGCCGGGCGAAUGCGAGCUGAGCCGCCUGCUGCAGGACAAGCUGCGGUACGAGAUGCGCCUGCAGUACAUGAAGCACUGCCAGGAGGCUUCUCCACCUUUCCAGAAACACUACUUCCCCAUCGACUACACAGUGCAGGUCCAGUAUGAGGAGGUGCUGAGGCCAUCCAACAUCACCCGCCUGCGCAAUGGGACGGUGUCGGAGGUGGCCCUGAGGUACCUCUGGUUCCACAUCAGCUCCCAGGCCGUGCUGCGCAUCCGUGAGGUGCUGCCGGAGAAGCAUCCAUCCUGGAGGUACACCCAGGAGCUGGCCCGGCUCUUUGAUGCCCUGGGCGAGGAGUUCAGCCAGUACCAGCAGUCAGACGUGGAAGAGGUGGUGGCAGAGCUGGUGAAGCUGGUGCACAGCGGCGGCGCCCAGAGCCGGAGGAAGCCUGUGCGCCCCAAGGCACUGCUGGACAACUGCCUCAAGGUCAUGAGGAUGCUCUAUGGGGCACCCUGUCGGUGGGAGUCUACCUAAACAGCACAGAAGAUCCCCUCACUCGAUGCCUUCUCCUCGCCCUGGAGCUCGGGAUGCUGCCUUUGCUCUGACCUCCCCCAGGAGAGCCUCUCCGUGGGCGGGGGAGGUCCUGUAGGAAGAUGCAAAAGCGGAGACAAGUGCCAGCCACUCUUGGAGCGUUUGCCACCCCCUCUUGGAGCAUUUGCCACCCCCUUCUGGGACCGACUGCCAAGCCCAGUCAGGACCAAACGCCACUCCCUCUGAGACCAAACUCCAUCCUCUCUGGGACAAAUUGCCAGCUCCUCUGGGACCAGAUGCCACUCUGUCUGGGACCAAAUGCCACCCUCUCUGGGAUCAAAUGCCACCCUCUCUGGGACCAGAUGCCACCCUCUCUAGGAUCAAAUGCCACCCUCUCUGGGACCAGAUGCCACUCUGUCUGGGACCAAAUGCCACCCUCUCUGGGAUCAAAUGCCACCCUCUCUGGGACCAAACAUCACCCUCUCUGGGACCAGAUGCCACCCUCUCUGGGACCAAACACCACCCUCUCUGGGAUCAAAUGCCACCCUCUCUGGGACCAAAUGCCACCCUCUCUGGGACCAGAUGCCACUCUCUCUGGGACCAAACACCACCCUCUCUGGGACCAAUUGCCACCCUCUCUGGAACUCUUCCUGGCCAUGGAGUUGGCCCCAUCCAUAAUGCCAGGCCCCUUCUGCUGCAGGAUGGAGAUGGUGAGCCAGGAGGGCACAGCCCCUGCCCAGGCAUCACCCCAAUCCCUCCGGGUUUGUACUUUUCCCUCUGCUUCCAUUAAACACCAGGUGGUUCUUCAGCCUUGCA